AUGUCCUGUUUCUCCAGUAAAGUCCAGUCUGGGUAUCAAGGUUUCUAUGUCCCUGGUUUCUCCAGUAAAGCCCGGUCUUGGUAUCAGGGUUUCUAUUUAAUCGGUCUCUCCAGUAAAGUCCGGUCUGGGUAUCAAGGUUUCUAUGUCCCUGGUUUCUCCAGUAAAGUCCAGUCUGGGUAUCAGGGUUUCUAUGUCCCUGGCUUCUCCAGUAAAGUCCGGUCUGGGUAUCAAGGUUUCUAUGUAACCGGUCUCUCCAGUAAAGUCCAGUCUGGGUAUCAGGGUUUCUAUGUCCCUGGUUUCUCCAGUGAAGCCCGGUCUGGGUAUCAGGGUUUCUAUGUCCCUGGUUUCUCCAGUAAAAUCCAGUCUGGGUAUCAAGGUUUCUAUGUAACCGGUCUCUCCAGUAAAGUCCAGUCUGGGUAUCAAGGUUUCUAUGUCCCUGGUUUCUCCAGUAAAGCCCGGUCUGGGUAUCAGGGUUUCUAUGUCCCUGGUUUCUCCAGUAAAGUCCAGUCUUGGUAUCAGGGUUUCUAUGUAACCGGUCUCUCCAGUAAAGUCCAGUCUGGGUAUCAGGGUUUCUAUGUACUGGUUUCUCCAGUAAAGCCCGGUCUGGGUAUCAGGGUUUCUAUAUCCCUGGUUUCUCCAGUAAAGCCCUGUCUGGGUAUCAGGAUUUCUAUGUUCCUGGUUUCUCCAGUGAAGCCCGGUCUGGGUAUCAGUGUUUCUAUGUUCCUGGUUUCUCCAGUGAAGCCCGGUCUGGGUAUCAGGGUUUCUAUGUCCCUGGUUUCUCCAGUGAAGUCCAGUCUGGGUAUCAGGGUUUCUAUGUCCCUGGUUUCUCCAGUAAAGUCCAGUCUGUGUAUCAGGGUUUCUAUGUAA